CUACUCUUGUGUGUAUCAAGUAUCAACUCCAUUAAUUACUAGUGAUUAAAAAAAAUGAAGAUGAACAAAAUCAGCAGCAAGUUGAUAAAGCCACACACACCAACCCCUCAAAACCUCAAGAAUUACAAGUUAUCGUUUAUGGAUGAGCUUACUCCUCCGAUGCAUAUUGCUGUUAUUCUGUUUUACGAAUCGAAACCCGAAGACGCCAGCCUCCGGUUGGAAGAAUCACUGGCCAGAAUCUUGGUUGAUUUCUAUCCUCUUGCAGGAAGAUUCAUCAAGAAUGAAAGCUUGAUUGAUUGCAGCGAUGAGGGAGCCGAGCUCGUCGAAGCAGAGGCUCUCGGCGUCGAGCUGAUCGACCUCGUAGCGAAAAUCGAGAUCGAUCAGCUCCACGACCUCCUCCCGGACCAACAUUUCCGAGUCGACGAAGCUGUCGAAAAUCCACUCCUCUCGAUCCAGGUCACACGUUUCCCGUGCGGUGGGGCCGCGGUCGCCGUCAGCGUCUCCCACAAGGUCUUCGACGCGUCGUCGGUUGGGACGUUCGUGGCCGCCUGGUCGGACGCCGCCGCCAAUCCGGGUCACGAUACGAGGGUAAAACCGUCUUUUCAUCUCCGCUCGUUGCUUCCGUCCGCGAGCCGCGCCCCGGAUUUCGUGCAACCGAGCGCGGAUCACGAGUUUUUUUUGAAGAGGGUUUUGUUCGACAAGGAGGCUUUAACGAGGCUGAAAUCAAGAAUAAGCCAAACCAACGGAAAACCCUUAUCCGGAGUGCGUGUUGUGUGUGCCGUUAUAGCCAAAGCCCUCAUCCGCCUGCACGCCGCCGUCAACGGCAGAGGCAGAAGCUCCGUCGUAUAUCAACCGGUUAACAUGCGGGAGCGAUCAAUCCCACCUCAGUCGAGACACGCUUGUGGGAAUUUCUCCGUCCCAUCAUUCACGCCACGCAUAGAAGCGGGGGACGACGUUGCUGUCGAUGAACUUGUUCGUCUAUUCGGAGAUUCAAUCCGAAUGGCCAUAGCUCGUCAUGCUGAGAUACUGUCUCCUGAUAGGGAUGGAUGCGAUAUCUUCACAAGUAGUAUGGAAAGUUUCAUAAAACAUUUGUGCGAACAUGAAACUAAUGCUAUAAUAAUCUCUGAUUGGAGUAGGUUUGGAUUCCACGAAGCCGAUUUCGGAUGGGGGAAGCCUGUCGGGACGAGCAUCGGAUUUGGGCCGCCGUCUAGCAACGUUGUGGUGCUGAUGAGCGACAGAGAGGGAGAUGGGAUUGAGGCAUGGUUUCAUUUGAACCAAAAUGAGAUGCCUUACUUUGAGCAAGAUGAGGAGAUCAAAAGCUUCAUGUCCUAGUAAUGAGUUCUUUGUUUUUUUUCAACUUUUUAUGAAUAAAAUUAUAAUUCCGCCCGCCAAAUUUAGUCCGAAAUACAAAAAAAUAUAAUUUCGCCAGCCUAUUUUCAAAAUCCUAGCUCCGUCCCUGGCAUAUACGACAUUGGAUCCCUCGUUCUGAUCGGUAUGUAGUUUAUAAGGCCGGCCCUGCCAUCACAUGAACGAGAGAGUCAAAGUUUGUUUUCUGGGGCAUUUACUUUUCAUGAUCGAUAAGAUAAAUAAUUUAAUA